CCAUUCCCUUGGUGAUACAUCCUCUCAAUUCCAGGAUGUCGUGUUGGAGAUGUCCAUUGAUUGAUUUGCAAUUCUGCAGCUUGGCUAUUGUGCAGCUUUAAAAUUAAUUUGUUCUGUUAAAAUCUGUUAAUGACCAUGAAUGGGUUAAGAAAGUGCAUUAGAAAUGAGCAGUUUGAUGGAGUUGGACUGGCUUGAGCGCAGUGCUUUGGCGUAGCUGAUGGAAGCGGUGUGGCUGCUGGAUUUGAGUUGUGGGGGGAACCACUAGGGAGGCGCUGUGGAGCCGGAGGGCAAUCUCAGCUCUGUGGGCUUGGCUUGGGAGUGGAGGAUGCUCCUGUCCCCCCCUGCCAGUGCCAGCACUGGGGGGCAAAGGGAAGAGCUCUUGUCUGGGGAUUCUGCCACCGAACUGGGGGGAAGCUGCCCCUUGGGUGGGGUGACCCCCAGGGUGGGCUGCUGCUGCCUGCAUGGCUGUGAGCUCCACUUCCAUGCCUUCAAAAUGGCUUGUAGCAGCACCACUUCCUGUCCAGGGAGGAAGUAAUUUUAGCCCAGGCACUGAAAUAUUUAGCAAAUCUUUAAAACAAAAGGCACAAAUUCCAUUUCUUUCUGGCUUCCAAAGGGUGCCUGAGCCACAUGGGGUUAAGGUGCCCCUUGAGCUGGGGUAGUUGGAAGGAGCCAGGGCUGUGGGGUAGCAGGCACCCUUUAGGUGGAGGCUCUCUCUUUUUUUGGUAGAAAUGAAGGGGUGGGUCUAUGGUACAUCACCUGAGUUGUGGGGUAAAUGUAGAGAGUGUCAAUCAAAGGCAGAGCUCAGAGCUGGGAAGGAGCUCUAGAUGGCGGCUGUGCCUUAGAGAGAGCGCGCUCAGCUCCGUGCCUUCCCCAACACUUUACGCAACUUUCCCUAACUUUCAGGCAGCCUCAGGGGGCCCCCACAGCCCCUUGCCUCUCCUAGGCACUAAUCGGGGGCCGAGCGGACCUUUUUCGGGCAGAAAAGCAGCUUUUGAGGGCUCCCUUUUCGUGCCUUGCUGGAAAGAAGAAGCCGUGGAGAGAGCCCAGGUCGUUGUUUUUCCAGCUUAGAAGCCAUGGCGUACCUCCAUUUUUGUGCGCUCUCCUAAUGAGCUUUUUCCCCCGGACAUUUUUGUACUAAUUACCGCUUCUUUUGCUUUAUCGGCAGCAUAUUUUUGGGAUUAGAAUAUAUAUUUUUUUUUAUUUUCUGAAAAUUAUAUUUUAUCGGUAUAAUUACAAAUAUUUUGGAUCUAAUGUUUUUCCACUACCCGAAACUAAUAUCGACUUGGUCCUGGCGGCGGUGCAUGGAUCAGGUAGUAAAUACCUGGGCACAGGACUUCAAAGCAAACAGACACCCCUGACCCCCUUUUAAUAUUUAAGAAUAAAAAGAUGAUGAGAAAUAAGGACAAAAGCCAAGGAGAGGAGGGUUCAGUCCACAGCAAUGCAUCGAGUCACUCGGCAUCCGAAGAAGCCUCUGGCUCUGACUCUGCAAGCCAGUCUGAAAGUGAGCAGGGCAGCGAGUCAAACAGCAGCUCCGAGUCCUCUGAGAGUCAGUCUGAAUCCGAAAGUGAAUCAACGGGUUCCAAAUCCCAGCAGACCCCUCCUGAAACCAAAGAAAAACCCGCCUCUAAGAAGGAAAGGAUAGCAGAUGUUAAAAAGAUGUGGGAAGAAUAUCCUGAUGUUUAUGGGGUUAGGAGGUCAAACCGAAGCAGACAAGAACCGUCACGAUUUAAUAUAAAAGAUGAGGCAAGUAGCGAAUCUGAAAAUGAGAGCCCAAAAAGAAGACGCCAGAAGCAGUUGAAAAGAAAAAUUAAGUGGAAAAGGGAGGUCUCUGCUGGAGAAGAGGAUGAAGAUGGAGGGGAGCAAGGCACCAGUGGAGAGAGCGAGCCUGAACCGAAGAAAAUUAAAGCAAGAAGACCUGUCCAGAGGAGAACAGUGGCCAAAACUGGUGUUAAAAAGCCCCACAAAAUCCAGCGUGGGAAGAGGAAGAAACCAGACUCAUCUGAAGAUGACGAUGAUGAUGAAGACGAUGAGACCCCCAAGAGACAAACUCGGCGAAGAGCAGCCAAAAAUGUCAGCUACAAAGAAGAUGAUGAUUUUGAGACGGAUUCUGAUGACCUGAUAGAGAUGACUGGGGAAGGAGCUGAUGAACAACAAGACAACAGCGAAACUAUUGAGAAAGUCUUGGACAUCAGGCUUGGAAAAAAGGGAGCCAUUGGAGCCUCCACCACAGUGUACGUGACCGAGGCCAACGGCAACCCCAGCGCCGACUUCGACCCCGAGAAGGACGAGGGCGAGGUCCAGUACCUGAUCAAAUGGAAGGGCUGGUCAUACAUCCACAGCACGUGGGAGAGCGAGGAGUCCUUGCAGCAGCAGAAAGUGAAGGGCCUGAAAAAGCUAGAAAACUUCAAGAAGAAAGAGGAGGAGAUCAAGCAAUGGCUGGGCAAGGUAUCACCUGAAGAUGUAGAAUAUUUCAACUGCCAACAAGAGCUGGCUUCAGAGCUAAACAAACAGUAUCAAAUAGUGGAGAGGGUAAUAGCUGUGAAGACCAGUAAGUCUGCCACAGGACAUUCAGAUUUCCCAGCAAACAGUCGCAAAACAUCCUCGAAUGACCCCGAAUACCUGUGCAAGUGGAUGGGGCUGCCCUAUGCUGAGUGCAGCUGGGAAGAUGAGGCUCUGAUCAGCAAGAAAUUCCAGCACUGCAUUGACAGCUUCAACAGCAGGAACAACUCCAAGACGAUUCCCACCCGUGACUGCAAGGUGUUGAAGCAGAGGCCGAGGUUUGUUGCCUUGAAGAAGCAGCCCUCGUACAUCGGCGGGGAGAACCUGGAGCUGCGCGAUUACCAGCUGGAGGGCCUCAACUGGCUCGCUCACUCCUGGUGCAAGAACAACAGCGUGAUCCUGGCUGAUGAAAUGGGACUGGGCAAGACCAUUCAGACAAUAUCAUUCCUGUCUUACCUGUUCCAUCAGCACCAGCUGUAUGGCCCUUUCCUGGUGGUGGUGCCCCUGUCCACCCUCACCUCCUGGCAGAGGGAGUUUGAAGUGUGGGCACCUGAGAUAAACGUGGUGGUUUACAUUGGAGACCUCAUGAGCAGGAACAUGAUUCGUGAAUAUGAGUGGAUCCAUUCUCAGUCUAAAAGAUUGAAAUUCAAUGCACUUAUCACAACAUAUGAGAUCCUCCUGAAGGAUAAGACUGUUUUGGGAAGCAUUAACUGGGCCUUUCUGGGCGUGGACGAAGCCCAUCGGUUGAAAAACGACGACUCCUUGCUGUACAAAACCUUGAUUGAUUUCAAGUCCAACCACAGGCUGCUGAUCACUGGCACCCCACUUCAAAACUCACUCAAGGAGCUCUGGUCCCUGCUGCACUUCAUCAUGCCAGAGAAGUUUGAGUUCUGGGAGGAUUUUGAGGAGGAUCAUGGGAAAGGUAGAGAGAACGGCUACCAGAGCCUUCACAAAGUCCUGGAGCCGUUUCUGCUGCGCAGAGUGAAGAAGGAUGUGGAGAAAUCUUUGCCAGCCAAAGUGGAGCAGAUCCUCCGGGUGGAAAUGUCUGCUCUGCAGAAGCAGUACUACAAGUGGAUUUUGACAAGAAACUACAAAGCUCUUUCAAAGGGAACAAGGGGAAGCACAUCUGGUUUCCUGAAUAUUGUGAUGGAAUUGAAAAAGUGCUGCAACCAUUGCUACCUUAUCAAACCUCCCGAGGAAAAUGAGAGAGAGAAUGGCCUUGAGACCCUGCAGUCUUUGAUCAGGAGCAGUGGAAAGCUGAUUCUCUUGGACAAGCUGCUGACCAGGCUGCGGGAGAGAGGCAACAGAGUGCUGAUCUUCUCCCAGAUGGUGAGGAUGCUGGACAUCUUGGCAGAGUACCUGACUAUCAAACACUACCCUUUUCAGCGCUUGGACGGCUCGAUCAAGGGGGAGAUCCGAAAGCAGGCGCUGGAUCACUUCAACGCCGACGGCUCCGAGGACUUCUGUUUCUUGUUGUCAACAAGAGCUGGAGGGUUGGGAAUUAAUUUGGCCUCUGCUGAUACUGUUGUUAUCUUUGACUCGGACUGGAACCCCCAAAAUGAUCUUCAGGCUCAGGCCCGAGCUCAUCGGAUUGGACAGAAGAAGCAGGUGAAUAUUUACCGCCUGGUCACCAAGGGGACAGUGGAGGAGGAGAUCAUUGAGAGAGCCAAGAAGAAAAUGGUGCUGGAUCAUUUGGUUAUCCAGCGUAUGGACACCACUGGCCGGACUGUUCUGGACAACAACUCUGGGAGAUCCAACUCAAAUCCCUUCAAUAAAGAGGAGCUGACAGCUAUUUUGAAGUUUGGAGCUGAAGAUCUUUUCAAGGAGCUUGAAGGGGAAGAGUCAGAGCCUCAGGAGAUGGACAUCGAUGAGAUUCUGCGUCUGGCUGAAACCCGGGAGAAUGAGGUGUCCACCAGUGCCACCGACGAGCUGCUCUCACAGUUCAAGGUUGCCAACUUUGCAACCAUGGAGGAGGAAGAGACAGAGCUGGAUGAGCGGUCCCAGAAGGAUUGGGAUGAUAUCAUUCCAGAAGAGCAGAGGAAAAAGGUGGAGGAGGAAGAAAGGCAGAAAGAAUUGGAGGAAAUCUACAUGCUGCCUCGAAUCCGGAGCUCAACGAAAAAGGCUCAGACAAAUGACAGCGAAUCUGAUGCAGAGACCAAGAGAAGGCUGCAGAGAUCGUCUGGGUCAGAAAGCGAGACCGACGAUACCGACGACGAGAAGAGACCCAAGCGCAGGGGACGCCCUCGGAGUGUUAGAAAAGACACUGUGGAAGGGUUUACUGAUGCUGAAAUCAGGAGGUUUAUCAAGGCUUACAAGAAGUUUGGAUUGCCUCUUGAACGGUUGGAGUGCAUUGCCCGGGAUGCUGAGCUGGUGGACAAGUCUGUGGCUGACCUGAAGCGUUUAGGGGAGCUCAUCCACAACAGCUGUGUGUCAGCAAUGCAGGAAUAUGAGGAGCAGCUGAAGGAAAAUCCAGCAGAAGGGAAAGGACCUGGAAAGAGACGAGGUCCUACCAUCAAGAUUUCUGGUGUCCAAGUCAAUGUGAAAUCCAUCAUCCAGCACGAAGAGGAGUUUGAAAUGCUGCACAAAUCCAUUCCCUCGGACCCAGAGGAAAGGAAGAAGUACCGCCUGACGUGCCGCGUCAAAGCUGCUCAUUUUGAUGUAGACUGGGGAGUGGAGGAGGAUUCUCGCUUGUUAGUGGGAAUUUACGAGCAUGGUUAUGGAAACUGGGAGCUAAUUAAAACAGAUCCGGAGUUGAAGUUGUCUGAUAAGAUUCUACCAGUUGAGACAGAUAAGAAACCUCAGGGAAAACAGCUCCAGACCCGAGUUGAUUAUCUGCUGAAACUGUUGAAAAAAGAUCUGGACAAGAAAGAAAACAUGAAAGAUGGGGAAGAGGGCAAGCUAAAGAAGAGGAAACCACGAGUGAAGAAAGAGAACAAGGCUCCCAAAGUCAAAGAUGAGCAUGGGAAUGAACUCUCCUCUCCUCGGCACUCAGACAACCAGUCAGAAGAAGGUGAAGUCAAGGAGGAUGGCUUGGACAAGAGCCCAGUGAAAAAGAAACAGAAGAAGAAAGAGAACAAAGAGAACAAGGAAAAACAGACAUCCUCUAAGAAAGAAAAGGAAAGCGAUAAAGAGAAAAAGAAGACAAAAGACAAGAAAGAGAAGCCUAAAGGUGGUGAGGCCAAAUCUGGAAGUAAAGGGAAGAGAUCACAGGGUCCUGUCCACAUCACUGCAGGGAGCGAGCCAAUUCCCAUUGGAGAAGACGAGGAUGAUGAUCUGGACCAAGAAACAUUCAGCAUAUGCAAGGAAAGGAUGAGACCAGUCAAAAAAGCACUGAAGCAACUUGAUAAGCCUGAUAAGGGACUGACAGUUCAAGAACAGCUGGAGCACACACGCAACUGCCUGCUGAAAAUCGGUGAUCGCAUCUCUGAGUGCCUUAAAGCCUACACUGACCAGGAUCACAUCAAGCUGUGGAGAAGGCCAAGGGAACAAAACAUCUUCACUUUGGACCGAGGAGACUGGCAGAGGGAUCGAAAGUUCAACUACGGCGGCAACAGCAACCAGAUGUGGGGCGGGGAGCGGCACCACCAGUACGAGCAGCACUGGUACAAGGACCACCACUACGGGGAGCGGCGCUCGCGGGGGGAUCCCCACCGCAGCUCCGGGAACUACAGACCAAACAACCUGUCCCGCAAGAGGCCCUACGAGCAGUACAACAGCGACCGAGACCACAGGGGCCACCGCGACUACUACGACAGGCACCACCACGAUUCCAAACGUCGACGGUCCGACGACUUCAGGCCUCAGAACUACCACCAGCAGGAUUUCCGGCGGAUGUCUGACCACAGGCCACCCAUGGGCUACCAUGGCCAAGGACCUUCGGACCACUACCGGUCCUUCCACACAGACAAACUGGGGGAUUACAAACAGCCCCUCCCUCCAUCCCACCCUGCCGUGUCGGACCCUCGCUCGCCCCCCUCUCAGAAAUCCCCCCACGAUUCCAAGUCACCUCUUGAUCACAGGUCACCUCUGGAUAGGUCAUUGGAACAGAAAAACAAUCCAGAUUAUAACUGGAACAUUCGGAAAGCGUAA